AGCUCGACAAAAAUACAAAAUAUUUUAUAAUAAUAAAAUAUAAAGAAAAGAAAAAACAAAACAAAAUUGAAAACCUCUUCUUUCGAUCAGCCGCACCGGAUCUCUGUUUCUCAUUUCCUCUUUCUGACUGAAUCUAUCAAAUUCAAACUCACCGGAAUCCGAUUACUUCACCGCCACUCUUAUCAUUUUCCGGCGAUUUAAACUUCAGUCGGCGAAAGAUUUCCAAAUGAAUCUGAACUCAUCAGGCAAUAAUCACAUAGAGAGUAAUUGCCUGUAUCACAAGUUAGCCAAAGGUACUGACCAAUGUAAAAGGUUCCUGAUAGAUCUCAAUUUGCCCGCUUCUUCUAAUGAAACCGAAGACAACACCCAACAUUCUGAUGAUGAGGCUCUGUCACAUUAUGCUGGGACGGAAAUUAGAAGGUCAGAAGAUUCACGAUCGUUUAAUGACAGUUCACGUAAUGAUGAUUCUGAUACCAAAAAUUCAAAUCAAAAAGAUGGCUCUAGGAAAAAAAAGAGUAGCAGUAAUAGCAUUGUUAAGUGGAAGCAGCAAGUGAAAGUGAGUCUGGAGAUAGGUCUAGAAGUGCCCCCAAAUGAUGGUUAUAUGUGGAGGAAGUACGGCCAAAAGGAAAUUCUCAAUGCAAAAUACCCCAGAGAAUACUACAGAUGCACGUAUAGAAACACACACGGUUGUUGUGCAACUAAACAAGUUCAAAGAUCUAGUGAUGACCCGUCUAUCUUUGAAAUCACUUACUUGGGAAAACACACUUGUCCCAAAAUUUCAAAAACCAACGACCUUACAUCUGCAACAGAUUCGGGUUAUGGCCUUAUAAAUUUCUCAUCUAUUCCAGAAACUGCAUCUAAAACUUCAAGAAAUAGUGAUUCCUCAUCUGCAUCACAAUCAUCUUCCGCAAUCACCAGAAAUUCUUUCGCACUUUCAAAUUGGCCUCUGAACCAUAACUAAAAUUUCCGAAACAGUUUUAUUUUGCUUCAAUUUGGCCUCUGGAUCCUAGCCGUAGAAUCAGAGUUUAUUCAGAUUGAUUGUAGUGUCUGCAGGUACAAAUUUCUCUUGGCUUUUUGCCAUUUUUGCAAUUUGGAUUAAUAUACCGAUUGCUUUGAUGUCGAGAAGUAAAUGUUGUAUUCCAAAUUAUGAUGGAUUAUAUACAUAGUGACACUAUAUACAAAGAUACGUAGGGAAAAGGCUCUGUUUUACCAUCUUAAAGAGUUUAAUGGAGUCAUAAACUGGAUUAUAGCUAUAUCUGUAACCUUGUUUUCUCUUCUACAAUGAGUUAUUUGGUAGAAAAGGUGAAUUUAUAUUGCAGUGAAUUGAGUGAUCAAUUUGUUCAACUGUUGUACCUAGUGUUUUAGGUCAAAGAAAACCUAUGUUUGCAACAAAACCAAGUAUAAUGGUUCAGAAGUUGGUCACUCCUUGUAUCAUUAAAUUUGAAAUUUGUGUUAACUUAUAAGAAUAUUUGUAAUUGGUCACUUUUGAUAUAUUAUAAAAGCUAUUAUAUAUGUUACUUUCA